AUGCAAAUACCGCGUCAUCGGAUAUUAGAUCUUGUUAAGGCACAAUGUCGUAUAUUCUCCCAGAAUUUUAAUCCCGAGAGACUCCGCUUAGGAAACAAGAUCCUGAGGCAAAGAUUGCGAGGACCGGCACUUGCAGCAUGGUAUCCCAGGAAGACAGUCUCUUUUCGAGACCUGCAGGAUACAUAUCGGCCACUUGGUUUAACCAUGUUUGAUGAGGCCGAGGACGAUAGAGAAGAAGCCAUUCAGAUUGCGAAAUCUCGAGGAAAGGGCAGGCCAAAGAAGAAGAGAACAGCAGCAGAGUCCCGAACAGCAAAGAAGAAGAAGUAG